CCCCGCUGAUGCCGCUGCCCCGCGCGGGGCCCGAGCGCCGCUAGCAGCAUGUCUCGGCGCAAGCAGGCCAAGCCCCAGCACCUCAAGUCGGACGAGGAGCUGCCGCCGCCUGACGGGGCUCCCGAGCACGCCGCCCCGGGGGAAGGUGCGGACGACGCAGACAGCGGGCCCGAGAGCCGCAGCGGGAGCGAGGAGACCAGCGUGUGCGAGAAAUGCUGCGCCGAGUUCUUCAAAUGGGCGGACUUCCUGGAGCACCAGCGGAGCUGCACCAAGCUCCCGCCUGUGCUGAUCGUGCACGAGGACGCGCCCGCGCCGCCCCCCGAGGACUUCCCCGAGCCUUCGCCCGCCAGCUCCCCGAGCGAGCACGCCGAAAGCGAGGCGGCCGAGGAGGCGGGUGUGGAGGGCGCGGAGGGCGAGGCCAGGCCGGUGGAGAAGGAGGCCGAGCCCAUGGACGCGGAACCCGCGGGGGACACGCGCGCGCCCCGGCCCCCGCCUGCGGCCCCUGCACCCCCCACGCCCGCCUACGGCGCGCCCAGCACCAACGUGACCUUGGAGGCGCUGCUGAGCACCAAGGUGGCGGUGGCGCAGUUCUCGCAGGGCGCGCGCGCGGCGGGCGGCUCGGGCGCAGGUGGCGGCGUGGCAGCUGCGGCCGUGCCCGUGAUCCUGGAACAGCUCAUGGCCCUGCAGCAGCAGCAGAUCCACCAGCUGCAGCUCAUCGAGCAGAUCCGCAGCCAGGUGGCCCUCAUGCAACGCCCGCCGCCACGGCCCUCUCUCAGCCCCGCGGCUGCCCCGAGCGCACCGGGCCCGGCCGCCAGCCAGCUGCCCGGGCUGGCCGCGCUCCCGCUGUCGGCGGGGACCCCCGCCGCCCCGGCCGCCUUCGAGGGCGCGCAGCCGCUGUCCCGGCCCGAGUCUGGCGCCAGCACCCCCGGCGGCCCUGCCGAACCCAGCGCGCCUACCGCCCCCAGCGCCGCCCCUGCCCCCGCCGCCCCCGCCCCGGCCCCAGCGCCGCAGAGCGCGGCCUCGUCGCAGCCGCAGAGCGCAUCCACGCCGCCUGCCCUGGCCCCGGGGUCCCUGCUGGGCUCGGCGCCCGGCCUGCCAAGCCCGCUUCUACCUCAGACUUCCGCCAGCGGCGUCAUCUUCCCCAACCCGCUGGUCAGCAUCGCGGCCACGGCCAACGCCCUGGACCCGCUGUCCGCGCUCAUGAAGCACCGCAAGGGCAAGCCGCCCAAUGUGUCGGUGUUCGAGCCCAAGGCCAGCGCCGAGGACCCGUUCUUCAAGCACAAAUGCCGCUUCUGCGCCAAGGUCUUCGGCAGCGACAGCGCGCUCCAGAUCCACCUGCGCUCGCACACAGGCGAGCGGCCCUUUAAGUGCAACAUCUGCGGGAAUCGCUUUUCCACCAAAGGCAACCUGAAGGUGCACUUCCAGAGGCACAAGGAGAAGUACCCCCACAUCCAGAUGAACCCUUACCCGGUCCCUGAGUACCUGGACAACGUGCCCACCUGCUCGGGCAUCCCCUACGGCAUGUCGCUGCCCCCCGAGAAGCCCGUGACCACCUGGCUGGACAGCAAGCCCGUGCUGCCCACCGUGCCCACGUCCGUGGGACUGCAACUGCCGCCCACUGUCCCUGGCGCGCACGGCUACGCCGACUCCCCCAGCGCCACCCCCGCCAGCCGCUCCCCGCAGAGGCCCUCGCCCGCCUCCAGCGAGUGCGCCUCCUUGUCCCCAGGCCUCAACCACACGGAGUCUGGCGUGUCGGCCACCGCCGAGUCCCCACAGCCGCUCCUUGGCGGGCCGCCCCUGACUAAAGCCGAGCCCGUCAGCCUGCCCUGCACCAACGCCAGGGCCGGGGACGCUCCCGUAGGCGCGCAGGCCAGCGCUACACCCACAUCGGUGGACGGCGCACCCACGAGCCUUGGCAGCCCCGGACUGCCCGCCGUCUCCGAGCAGUUCAAGGCCCAGUUUCCGUUCGGGGGGCUGCUAGACUCGAUGCAAACGUCGGAAACCUCAAAGCUGCAGCAGCUGGUAGAGAACAUCGACAAGAAGAUGACAGACCCGAACCAGUGCGUCAUCUGCCACCGGGUGCUGAGCUGCCAGAGCGCGCUGAAGAUGCACUACCGGACGCACACGGGGGAGCGGCCGUUCAAGUGCAAGAUCUGCGGCCGCGCCUUCACCACCAAGGGCAACCUGAAGACGCACUUCGGCGUGCACCGUGCAAAGCCGCCCCUGCGCGUGCAGCACUCCUGCCCCAUCUGCCAGAAGAAGUUCACCAACGCCGUGGUCCUGCAGCAGCACAUCCGCAUGCACAUGGGCGGCCAGAUCCCCAACACGCCGCUGCCCGAGGGCUUCCAGGAUGCCAUGGACUCCGAGCUGGCCUACGACGACAAGAACGCGGAGACCCUGAGCAGCUACGAUGACGACAUGGACGAGAACUCCAUGGAGGAGGACGCCGAGCUGAAGGACGCGGCCAGCGACCCGGUCAAGCCGCUCCUGUCCUACGCGGGGUCCUGCCCGCCCUCCCCGCCCUCGGUCAUCUCCAGCAUUGCCGCCCUGGAGAACCAGAUGAAGAUGAUCGACUCGGUCAUGAGCUGCCAGCAGCUGACCGGCCUCAAGUCCGUGGAGAACGGGUCCGGGGAGAGUGACCGCCUGAGCAACGACUCCUCGUCGGCCGUGGGCGACCUGGAGAGCCGCAGCGCGGGCAGCCCCGCCCUGUCCGAGUCCUCGUCCUCGCAGGCCCUGUCGCCGGUCCCCAGCAAUGGCGAGAGCUUCCGCUCCAAGUCCCCGGGCCUGGGCGCCCCGGAGGAGCCCCAGGAAAUCCCGCUCAAGACCGAGAGGCCCGACAGCCCGGCCCCCGCCCCGGGCAGCGGAGGCGCCCCUGGCCGCGCGGGCAUCAAGGAGGAGGUGCCCUUCAGCCUGCUGUUCCUGAGCAGGGAGCGGGGUAAGUGUCCCAGCACUGUGUGUGGUGUCUGUGGCAAGCCUUUUGCUUGCAAGAGCGCGUUGGAAAUCCACUACCGCAGCCAUACUAAGGAGCGGCCGUUCGUCUGCGCGCUCUGCAGGCGAGGGUGCUCCACUAUGGGUAAUUUAAAACAGCACUUACUGACACACAGAUUGAAAGAGCUGCCUUCUCAGUUAUUUGACCCCAACUUUGCUCUAGGUCCCAGCCAAAGCACUCCUAGCCUGGUCUCCAGCGCCGCACCCACCAUGAUCAAAAUGGAAGUGAACGGUCACGGCAAGGCCAUGGCGCUGGGCGAGGGUCCCCCGCUGCCCGCGGGCAUCCAGGUCCCCGCCGGGCCUCAGACAGUGAUGGGCCCAGGCCUGGCGCCCAUGCUGGCCCCCCCGCCGCGCCGGACGCCCAAGCAGCACAACUGCCAGUCGUGCGGGAAGACCUUCUCCUCAGCCAGCGCCCUGCAGAUCCAUGAGCGCACGCACACCGGCGAGAAGCCGUUCGGCUGCACCAUCUGCGGCCGGGCCUUCACCACUAAGGGCAACCUCAAGGUGCACAUGGGGACACACAUGUGGAAUAACGCCCCCGCGAGACGCGGCCGCCGCCUGUCUGUGGAGAACCCCAUGGCUCUCCUAGGGGGUGAUGCCCUGAAGUUCUCUGAAAUGUUCCAGAAGGACCUGGCAGCUCGGGCAAUGAACGUCGACCCCAGUUUUUGGAACCAGUAUGCUGCAGCCAUCACUAACGGGCUCGCCAUGAAGAACAACGAGAUCUCCGUCAUCCAGAACGGAGGCAUCCCCCAGCUCCCCGUGAGUCUCGGGGGCAGCGCCCUCCCCCCUCUGGGCACCAUGGCCAGUGGGAUGGACAAAGCGCGCACUGGCAGUAGCCCACCCAUCGUCAGCUUGGACAAAGCAAGCUCAGAAACAGCAGCCAGCCGCCCAUUCACACGGUUUAUCGAGGAUAACAAGGAGAUUGGUAUCAACUAGCCAGUGACUUGCUCAUCUGGCCUGCCUAGGCCCACGUGUUGAAGUUGGAGCAUCAGGCCUCCGACCUUUCUUGCCUCAGUUCUCAUUACACUUUCACCCAUAGCAGAAAACACUUUGUGCGGCUGCUGAGAGGUGGUCUUGUAAGUGCUGCAUGGCGCUCCCUUCAACAGUAAGCCUGACUGUUCUUGAGAACUUUGCAAUCUUUUAAAUAAGUUUCCUUCAAAAAAAAGUGCUUGGAAAACCGCCUUAGGAACAGAAAGAGUUCAGACCAUGUCCACUUCCUUUCUCCUGAAACCUAAUAAUCUCUACGAGGGAGAAAGGGGUCCUCUGCGGUAUUCCAGGGAAACUCAUUUGAUGGUUUCGUCUGAAUUAGUUAGACACUUGAAUGAUGUUUUUUAGAACUCUUCAUGUUAAAGACGUGGUUUAGUACUCCCAAUGCUGUGUAUCAUGACACUAUCUUCGUCUGUAGUAUUUAUAAUGUUAAGAUUAUGCGGGUAACACACAGUAUAAUAGCCCCGACCUUAAACGAAGCUUUUGUACUGCAGAAUACAUCUGGCUAUGUGAUUUUUUUUUUAAGCAAGAUUUGUUUUACUAUAAAUAAGUGGAUUAUUUCAAUGCAGGCAAAAUUGUGAAGUUCUGUUGGGAAAGAUAGCAUGCUUUUUGUCUGCAAGUACCUGUCAGUAAUAAGCCUUUUUUUUUUUUUUUUUUUUUUUUAAUUUAAAUGUUUGUAGCUGCUAUGUGGACAGUUGUUUUCUAGUGUGGUCUGUAGCCCAAUAACUGGGGAACGAGUUACAGACAAACAUCACCAUAAAUGACUCACAACAUUAUAAACAGUUGUGAGAAAAUAUUUCACAUUAUCAAAGCUGUACAAUAAAAAGGUAGUGUUUGUAUAAUGUGGUUGCAAACUCUUAAUUUAUACUAUUGCACUUUUAGUAUUUUGUAUUAGGGAGGUUUGUCUAUAAUUUGAAAAUUUUAAAAAAUGUAAAGUAUUUUAUAAAUAGUACUUCAGUUUAAGGAAAAUGGGAAAACUGUUACAGUUCCUUGUUUUGUCUUAUGGUCAAACAAUAUUAGAAAUCUAUGCCACUUAAAAAGAAAAGCCACCAAGACUUGUCAGCUCCUCAGUAAAACAGGGCCUGCCAUUUCUUAAAUUAAAAUGAUCUAUUUAACUUUUCUACAAAGCCCACUUUAAAACUGUGACCACCCCCUAACGACACCUUGGUGAAUUCAUCCUAGGACUAUGACGUCAGUACAAGCCAGGAAGGGACUAGGAGAACCUUCUGCAGGUCUGAUUUUCAUGUAAGCGGGUCUGUCUCUCUCUCUCUCACCCA